CGAGGCGGGACGGAAGUGCGUUGUCGUGGUGCGUGCCGCGAGUAGGGUCGUGCACGCUGCAGCGGGCUGCGCGGUGUUCCGCCUGCUCGGAGCAGGCAGCAUGGAGGACAGUUCCGCUGGGCCCCCUCGCAGCCUGUCCCGAUCCGGCCACCCUCUGAGCAAGAAGGAGCAUAUCUGCCUAAAUCUCGGGGACGCCACGGAGAGGUACGGUCGCGUGAACGUGUUGCACUGGCUGCUCUGGCAGACCGACCAGAUGCCGGCUCCCACGCACACCAGCGCCGCCCGGGACCGGCUCAACAACGGCAAAAACGGCGUACUAGCGCUUCACUAUGCCGCCGCUAGGGGAUGUCUGGACUGCGUCCAGCUUCUCAUGGAGUCUUCGGCCGACUACAGCGCCAACAGCCAGAUGGAGAACGCCGUCACGCCAGUGUACCUGGCGGCCCAGGAGGGCCACCUGGAGGUGCUGCGCUACCUGGUGGACGAGCAGGGCGGCUCGCUCACCCUGCCCGCCAAGGACGGCAUGGCUCCUGUCCACGCCAGCGCCCAGAUGGGCUGCCUCAGCUGCCUCAAGUGGAUGGUGCUGGAGAAGGACGUGGACGUGAACAUGCGAGACAGCGACGGCGCCACGCCGCUGCACUUCGCCGCCAGCCGCGGCCACGCGCAUAUGGUGCGCUGGCUGCUGCGCCACGGCUCCAAAAUAGUGCUGGACAAGUACGGCAAGUCGCCGAUCAACGACGCCGCCGAGAACGAGCGGAUAGAGUGCCUGUCCCUGCUGGUGCAGCACGGCACUGAUCCGGACUACGACCUGGACGAGGACACGGACAGCGGCCGCCAGUCCAACACCAACUCGCACCCGUGCUGCUGUCGAGAGAAGACAUCGGCAGGCGACUCGUCGGGUCCGUCCAGCCCCCGCUCCACCGAAUCAGCGUCGUCGCACUACUACAGCGGCGGCAGCUCCAACGGCGAGCAUUCGCCGUUUUACCUGCACCGGCCGGCGCCGUCCGCGGCGCCGGCCGCCGGCUCGGCCGCGCCCCCUGGCGGGCCGGAGACCCUCAACGCCGGCCACCGGCCCUUCUACCUGCACGACCCGGGCGACUCGGUGUACCACCGCGUCAACGAGCUCUUCCACUCGCUGACGCUGGGCAGCGAGCAGCGCUCCGAGAAGAAGGCGCCGCGCCGCAGGAAGGAGGGCGAGAAGCAGAGGCUGAAGCGCGCGGCGCCGGCGGCACAGGCUCCGCCGCCACCGCCGCCGCCGCCGCCGCCGCCACCACCGCCCCCGCCGCCGCCACCAGCGCCGACGUCCAGCAAAAGUUUACCGAGGACCCAAGCUUCGACGAAAUCCGAGAAUAGUUACACGGUUUCCGAGCCCAGCCCCGCCGAGCAAACGGAUGCGUCUUCACGCUCCGAUGACAGCCAUGGAAAACACGAAGAAGACCUGUACGGGAUCAGUCGGGCACACAGCCUCCAGACCGUGGCUCAGGUCUACGAGCAGGUGUCGGAUGCGGAAUCGAUCCCGCCUCCGCCAGAGUUUGGCGACGGUGGCGGCUCGAGCCGUGACAAGAGCCCGCUGCGACGGCUACACGCUCUCUCCUCGCCGAGCUCAGCCCUGAUCACAGCCAGCCCGGCCGGCGGGGCCGGCGGCGUCCCCGGUCCGCGGCCCCCCAAGCCGCCGCCUCCUCCGCCGCCCCCGCCGCCGGGGCAGAUCGGGGCGGAGCCGGCGCCGGCAGAGGGCAGCACUACGGAAGAGCCGACACUGCGGCCCAGCCAUAUGAAGCGCACCACGCAGAAUUCGGACAACACGAGUCUUUCAACGUUGCGAGAAGCCCGUCACGAUAAGCUGAGUCGGCCGACGUCGCUGCCGAUCGAGCUGGCUGACCAGCUGGCUGGGCAGCUGGCCGGGCAGCUGCAGCAGGGCGGCGGCGCCGGCUCCAACCCCACCCUACGUCCGGCCACUAAGCCCAAGCACAUGGCACUGCCCUUCAUCCCGCCCAAGUUCCCAUCGUUGGCCGACCCCAACAAGCUGAUCAAGCCGUCCGAGUACCUCCGUUCGAUCGGCGGCAGGCCGCCGCCACCGGCCGCCGCCGGGCCGCCGCUGGUCGCUAUCUCGGCCAAUGAGCUGCAGAAGGUGCAGCUGCGCAAGACGGACAAGCUCACCAAGACGUACUCGGCGCCCGUCGGCUGUGCCACCGGCGCUCCAGCGGGCGGCGAUCUGGUGAACGUGCAGCGCAAGGAUGACCUGAUCGCCGAACUGAAGCGGAGCAAGGACAUGGACGGCGUGCGUAAGCUGCGGGAGGAGCGCGCCAAGUCUGCCGUCCAGAUCCUGCGCGAGGAGAGCAAGGAGCUCGUCAGGGAGUUCACCGCCGACGCCUUCUUGAGCGAGAUCCCCGAAGUGGACGCCACCGGAAACACGAUCCCGGCGUGGAAGCGCCAAAUGUUGGCGCGUAAGGCGGCGGAGCGCGCCAAAACCGCGGCCGAGGAGCAGCGUCUCAAGGACCUGGAAAAGCAGAAGAUCCAGUCACUGCCGCCGUGGAAGCGGCAGCUGAUCGCAAGGAAGGAGGAAGAGGACUCCAAACGGUCACACGGACCAUGACCUAUCGGCGCAUACCACGGUCGCUCCACGACAGGCAUGCGGAGGGUGCCGGUGGCGGCGCCGACUCCCGAGGAGAUGAUGCGCGGACGAGCGACCCCCGUGCCCAACCGGACUCUGCCGAGAUAGUGCCGGCUGUGCGGGGCCGGGGUCCGGACUCUGCCGAGACCGUGCCGGCUGUGCGGGGCCGGGGUCCGGACUCUGCCGAGACCGUGCCGGCUGUGCGGGGCCGGGGUCCGGACUCUGCCGAGACCGUGCCGGCUGAACAGCUUCGGAUCCGGAUUCGAGCUCUGCUGAGACCGUGCCGGCUGAAGAGUAUCAGAGCCGAACUCUACCGAGACGGUGCCGGCUGAACAGCUUCGGAUCCGGAUCCGAGCUCUGCUGAGACCGUGCCGGCUGAAGAGUAUUAGAGCCGGACUCUGCUGAGACGGUGCCGGCUGAAGAGCGUCGGAUCCGGAUCCGAACUCGGCCGAGACAGUGCUGGCUGUACUGGGUCUGAGUCCGGGCUCUGCCGAGACUAUAACGGCCGCGUGGAGCCGGAAUCUGGACUCUUCCGGGACAGUGCCGUCUGUCCGGGACUGGAGACCGGACUCUGCCAAGGAAGUGCCGGCUGUUCAGGGCCGGAAUCCAGGCUCUGCCAAAACAACGCCGUUUUUAAAGGUCGGAAUCCGAGCUCUUUUAUCAUAGGCUGGCUGCCGUACCGCGCUUACAUAAGCCAGGAUCUUCUGUCGUUCAGACUCGCUUAGCUAGACGUGAGCCGGGGACCAUAGCUGGUUCACACACCGGCGCAGCGCGGGCGGCCGGGCGUGUACCGCCUGCCGCGCCCGUCCGCCGCCAGCCUCGGGGCCCGGCCCUGGCAGCCGCGUGUCGCGGAUGUUCUGCAGCUGGGACCAGGCGGCCGCACCCUGGUGGCACCCAGUGCUGACUGCUCUCCACCCUGGUGGAGAGAGGCCGCGGCCCGCGGUCCGCGGCCCGCGCGCGAACGUAGGACAUUGUGAUAAAGACGUAGCGUCUGCGGCGGCGAGAGUUCAUGGACUAUCUGUGCGCGUGUGAGAUGCGUGUCUGCGCCUGGGGAUAGCCUGGAUUGUUUGAUAUGAAGUCGUUCAGGGAGUGGAUGAGAUACGUGAAGUUCUUAAACAUAUGCAGUGAUUACCAUUUAUAAAUGAUAUCAAUUAGAAGCAGUUUCGUGUGUGAGUGAUGAGUGCUUCUUAAUACAACUGGGACUAUUUUG